AUGUGGCCCCUCUGGUCCUCGUUCAAACGCCUCUUGGCGAGAGACUACUGUGCAGAAGUGGAAGGAAAAGCAUUUUGGCCAGGAACAGGGGACAGCUACUACCUGGGAUCGCCUUUCCUUGUGAGUUGGUUUGCAGGGAAAGCUAGUGGCUACACCAAUACGACCACAGCCCUUUGGAAUGUUUGGGUUCAGGACGUCAAGUACGAGGAGAAGACCAAAGACGGCGGAAGCGCCUUUCGGCUGAACAUCUACUCGAGGAACAUAACUUUCAACACUGAGGGCGACAACUGGAUGUGGGUGCCAACAGACGUCUGCAACCAAACAGUGGUCUCGUUCAACUGGGAAAUCCCGAAGGACUUUGGAGCAACUGGAACUUACAUGGUAGCCGCUGUCCGGGAGGGAGCAGUGACUACAAGUGCUGCCACAGCAACCAGCGGACCGUUCACUGUCAUCGCAUCUUCUGACCCGAAGGCGUCGGCAACAGAAGCGACAAAUUCUCAAACAACCAACACACAAGCUUCGCCAACAGGUGUACUGUCCGUGGGAACUGCGGUCGCCUCAUCCCCCGCCAACAACAAUGAUAGAAUGACGCCGGGCGCCGCCGCUGGGAUAGCCACGGGAGCUGUUGUCAUUUUUCUGGGUCUAGCUGGGGUUUUGUGGUUUUUCUGGAGAAGAAGACGGAACAACAAACGGCUUGCUGCUGCUGCUAUGGCUCAGGCGGCUGAUGGAAACAGCGGCUAUGCGAAACCGGAGUUGGACGGCCAGGCAGUAGUCACUGAGGGUAGGGGAACGGACGAUACAAGUGAGAGCAAACCAGCCCAUCUGUCUGAGUUAGACAGCCAGCAACCAUGGAGAUUUCAUCGUGUUGCGGCAGAAGAGAAGGGUAACGCUCGUGUUGCAGAGGCACCCGUGGCAGAGUUGGGGGCUGGGUCGCCACCUGAAGGCUAUGGUAAUGCGAAGGCACACUCGGGCGUGGAACUUGAGUAG